AUGCAGUCCUUCGUCUUCGCCUCUGUUCUUGCUCUCCUUGCCAGCUCAGCCAUCGCUGCACCAACCUCAUGCAAGGCACCCGCUACACCAUCCAGCGAGAAAACCAUCUACCAGAUCAAAGACUUUUACGAGCGCAAGCCCGACGGCAAGGACAUCACCGCUCUUGGGUUCAACAUCGCUGCUACCAAUGGCGGUACCCUAGACUUCACCUGCGUGCCUUACGACCCAGUCACCAAAGCGGCUGCGGCCAACUUCGAAGAUGGCCAUGUCUACACGUGCGGCGCCAACUCCUUGUUCUCCUUUUCUUACUCUGAAAAGGAUGACGCCAACAAGGGCAAGCUCUUCUUGUGGCAGGGAGCCAGUCCCGCCGAUACCAUCCAGGGAAGCACUAUGAUCCCUACUCCAUACUGCCAUGCCGGUGGUGCUGGUCCCAACGACCUCGCAUGUGUUGUGCCUGCCGCCGUGGGUGAGAUCAAGAUUGAGAUGGCCAAGCCAUAG